AUGGAGCGCUUAAUGCCAGGAUUUGACGUUCUGAUCUCACAAGUGAGAAAAACAGCCAGUUUUUACGUGACCACCAUUGCUCUUUUUAUUUACCACGUUGUGUUUGAUGAAAACUUGAAAUGCUUAUGUAAAAAUGGUGUUAAACCAGAGGUUACUUAUGACCAUUGUACCUUCUAUAUGGUGUUGCCAGCUCUGAUCUUGUUUCUCUUGACUCUCUGGAUGGAUGGACAGUUUCAACGUAUCUUGAGAAUUACAUGCAGAUGCAGAUGCAGAUGUAAUUUGUGGGGAAGACUGUUGGCAAUCCUCAUUAAGGCGGCUGCUAUAGGGUUGCUGUGGGUUGUGUCUGUACUCCUUGAUGGGGACUGGUACGUGUGCAUUCAAAGAGCAACGCUUCCCUGCCAGAACAACGCUGAUACCACACCCUACCAAGAGGAACUAGAAAAGCAACUCGAAACACAUUUCAAAAGGGAGUCCAUGGUGAGUACCUUUCAUUAUUUACUUGUUAUUGAUUAUUGAAAGUCUCCAGAGUAUUGAGGGGGGGACCAGAUUAUUGAGGGGGGGGGGGGGGGGGGUGGAGACCAGAGUAUUGAGGGGGGUGGAGACCAUAGUAUUGAGGGGGGUGGAGACCAUAGUAUUGAGGAGGCGUGGAGCCCAGAGUAAUGAGGGGGGGAGUAUUGUUUGGAAUACAUAUUAGAUUACCUUUAACAUGAAAACACAUUUUUUUUCAGGUUUAUGGCUUGUCACUGGUUCUGGUUCUGCUUUUUGCAACUUCUAUUCUGACUGCAAUACCUUGGAGGGAUAUCUGUUCUAUUCUGACUGCAAUACCUUGGAGGGAUAUCUGUUCUAUUCUGACUGCAAUACCUUGGAGGUAUAUCUGUUCUAAUCUGACUACAAUACAUUGGAGGUAUAUCUGUUCUAUUCUGUGGUCAAAGUGCAGUAACUAUUGCAGGAUGGACUGUAAAAUCAAACCUUAUCACAGGGCACUGUUUGAGGAGAAUAUUAGGGAACAGACAGAAAUUCUUAUUGAAAACGACUUAAAGACAACAGCUAAGGAGUGUGUAGUUCUUAUAAGCAGAAAACUACUACAGCCCUCUUCGACUGCAGUCCCUUCAGACACCACCACACAGGGAGGAGGCGGGGCAAGCAGCAGCACCACCCGUCCUGAGGUGGAAGAUAGAGUGAUCACCUUUGAUUUUGUCAAGAUAGCUGAUCUACAUUCUCAUAUAAUCAGCUCUUUGUUCCCUGAAUCGUCCAAAGAACAAACAAAUUCAAGGAACGAUAACCAAUGA